AUGGAGUUGGAGUUGCCUAAUCGUUUAUACGGUGAGGGAUUGGAACCUCAGGUUAAGAAGAUUAAUAACAGAUGCCGACUAAAACUUCUCGAAUUGCUGAAAGAAAAAAUGGAGCCAGAAUUCGAUGAAGUUAUGAAAGAUCCCAUUUUUUCACAGAUUAUGGUUAUCCAGAAGAAUGAUCUGAAGUUUUCGGCGAGGUUGGUACACUCUUUCUUGUGUAAGGAGUUGAUGACAAGCAAGAAACAUGAGAAGUGGUUCACUUUCGCUAGGAGACCUCUGCGUUUUGGAUUGCAAGAGUAUCAUGCUGUCACUGGUCUGAAAGUGAAGCGAGAGAAUAACAGUGGGUUAGUGACAUGGAAAGAUGAUGAUGGUUUUUGGAGCAAGCAGAUAAAGACAAAUGGAAAAAUAAAUUUGCAGAUCAUUAAAAAGAAGCAUUUAGAAGAGAGCAAUACCUGGAGUUGGGUUGAUAGGGUGAGACUGAUAUAUCUUUGCGUUAUUAUGGGUGUGGUGAUGGGGAAGGAUGAGAAGGUGAAUAUCCCGCAUCUGUACAUGAAGUUGGCGAUGGAUUUGGAGAAGCUUCGGAAUUACCCAUGGGGUCUGUAUUCGUUUGAUUUCCUUCUGAAGCAAAUUGAUAAAACAAGGCAUAAAUUAGAGCAGAAAGAGGGGUAUCUAAUGGAAGAAUUCUUGUUUGGUUUCCAAAUUUGGAUAAUGGAAGCUGUUCCUGCUUUAGGAGAGAUUUGUGGCACAAAAGGGAUUUUGCAUUCAUUCAUGGAAUCCCACAUAGAUGGAGUGGUCCUUUUGGCAACUGAUUUUGUACAGAAGGAUGAGAAGAAAGAUGAAAGAGUAGAUCGCAUUUUGGAUAUGAUCAAUAGUAAACAUGAUUGUUCCAAUCAUGUUUGGGGAGUAAAAGAAGCUACGAACUCUGAAUUUGAGGAAUCUGGCGAAGAGAAAGGAGAGGAUCAAACAGUUGAUACUGAGAGAGGUGAAAAUAGUCAUGUUGCAGGGAAUGUUGAUGGCACAGCUGAUGUUUCGGGAAGAAACAAAAGAAAGCAUGCAGACCGAGGAGUAGAGUCAAGGAGAAGAAUGUUUUGUGCCACCUAG